AUGGCACUGCUGAAAGUCAAAUUCAAUCAGAAGAAACGGGUAAAACUAGCACAGGGACUAUGGCUCAUGAACUGGUUUUCGGUGUUUGCUGGAAUCCUUGUUUUUAGCAUGGGAUUGUUCCUCAAAAUUGAACUCAGGAAGCGAAGCGAAGUGAUGGACAAUUCUGAAAGCCACUUUGUGCCCAAUUCUUUGAUAUUGAUGGGUAUAUUAUCCUGCGCCUUCAAUGGUUUUGCUGGCAAAAUUUGUUACGAUUCUCUGGAUCCCGCUAAAUUUGCCAAGUGGAAGCCUUUGCUGAAACCUUACCUGGCACUAUGUUUCUUCUUUAACAUACUCAUUUUCUUCGUUGCUCUGAUUUGCUUUCUCAUGCGGGGCUCUCUGGACAGCACGCUGGCUCAGGGGCUCAAGAACGGCAUGAAGUUCUACCGGGACACAGACACGCCCGGAAGAUGCUUCAUGAAGAAGACCAUCGACAUGCUCCAAAUUGAGUUCAAAUGCUGUGGGAACAACGGCUUCAAAGAUUGGUUUGAAAUUCAGUGGAUCAGCAACAGAUAUCUGGACUUCAGCUCCAAAGAAGUGAAAGAUCGGAUCAAAAGCAACGUGGACGGAAGGUACUUGGUAGAUGGCGUCCCUUUCAGCUGCUGCAACCCCAGCUCCCCGAGACCCUGCAUCCAGUACCAGGUCACCAACAACUCAGCUCACUACAGCUACGACUACCAAACGGAGGAGCUCAACCUCUGGCGCCGUGGCUGCCGGGAAGCCCUCCUGCACUACUACAGCAGCAUGAUGAGCUCCAUGGGCGCCGUCGUCCUCCUCGUCUGGCUUUUCGAGAUGUCCGUGAUGGUUGGCUUGCGUCUUCUGCACACCUCUCUGGAAAGCAUUGCAAAUCAAGACCCUGAAUGUGAAAGCGAAGGGUGGAUCCUGGAGAACAGCCUCAAGGACACUUUGAAGUCCGCGCUGGAGAGUUUGAAAAAGAUUGGUAAGUUCAAUCAGGUGGAAGCAGACGCCGAAAGGGCUGAAGGAGAGGAAGGUGGGAAGACGCCAGCCAUCACAACGGUCAGUUGA